UAAUUGGCACUUGACAUGGGUGAUAGCGAGUGUGUAUGUCAUUCGUUUGUAGAGGGUUUGUGUAAUAAAAAUAAUUUUAUUCCAUCCUUUCUCUUUUACUCCAAUCAAGGCGUAAUUAGAGUGACAGAGCAAAAGGCUUGCAAUUUGCGAACUUCUGUUUUCACGGUUGUAGCCAAGUUUCCGAACGAAUAUCAGGAGAAGGAAGUCAUGGACGCAUCAAAUUGACAGUGACAGUCAUUCUUCAUUAACAUUGUGUUUUUAGUGGUUACAUUUUUACGAAAAAAUUAAUGCAAAUUAUCCACAUUACUCAGGUUGUGGAACGAAAAUUCGACCAUGAAUAGAACUCAAGGAAAUUUGCUACUGCAGCACGGAUUGCUAUGCUGCCGAGUUUGUUUAAUGACGGACUGUAGACUGUACAAUAUUCAUGAAUAUAAACUCGCCGAUAUCUUUACUCGCAUCUCUGGGACUACUGUGUCCAGGGACAGGAUGCCGCAGUACCUGUGCGCGUACUGCCACACGCUGCUCCUCAAAUGCUCGUCCUUCAGAGAUAUGUGUCUCCGCACACUGAAGCGCCUCACACCCGCGCUGCUCAAGGGAGCGCUGGACACAGAUUAUAUUCGCAAAUACCAACACCCUCACCGGUCGCCCAAGUUAACUCAAACUGAAGUCCAAAUAGUAGAUUUCUGCCCAUUUGGAAAUUUACUCGAUGGACAAGAAGAACAAAUUGUGUUGACAGACGGCAUCGAUGAAGCUGAUCCUAAAUUAGAACCUGAAGUUCAGAAAGAUUUAAUUGAGAUCAGUGAUGAUGAUGAUUUUGAGGAUAAAAUCGUUUUAAAAGAUGGUAUAAUUACCAAAAUAAAAAUUGAGAAAACAAAGUCUAAAGAAGAUCGCUUGAAACCUGAAAGAAACAGCAAAAGGCAGACUGAAACACCAGCGAAGGAUAAUAUGGUCCCAAAAAUUGGAACUAUCUAUAGUCGAAGUAUGAAUAUAGAUAAAAGUCUAAUAAAAUUGGUAAAAGUAAAUACAAAAACAAUUCAAACUCCGGUGAAGAAAAAUAUAGUCUUAAGAAUCGGACGAGUCUAUAAUGAAAGUACGAAUAUUGAUAACAAUCUAAUGAAAUUGAGAAAAACGAAUACAGAAACAACUGAAACUACAGUUAAUGAAAAUAUAGUCUUAAAAACAGGACGUAUAUAUAAUGAAAGUAUGAAUAUUGAUAACAAUCUAAUGAAAAUGGGAAAAACUAAUACAGAAACAACUGAAACUCCAGUUAAUGAAAAUAUGGUCUUAAAAACAGGACGUAUAUAUAAUGAAAGUAUGAAUAUUGGUAACAAUCUAAUGAAAAUGGGAAAAGAAAAUACGGAAACAAUGAAAAUGAUGACGAUUGAAGUGAAGAAUGAUAAAAUUGAAUUCAAAGUUGGGGAUAAAUCGGACAAUAAUGAUGAUCUUUGCUAUAAAGAAAAAGGUCACGAAAAUAUAGGAAACAUAAAAAUUAAUAGAAUAAAAGGAAACGUAAAAUUUAAUAGAAUGAACGUCCAAAACGUAAAACGUAGGCAACGUCCGAAGAAAGUUAUAAAAAAUAUAAUUACGCAACAGCUACCUGAAUUGAAUUUUGUCGCAUUUGAGAGUACUUAUAACCUUAAAGUUGUAACUUUAAGCAAGGAAGAGCAGCUGGAAGAGAUCGCAACACGCAAGAAGUCCGAGAACUACCUGGAGUCGCCGUUUAAAUGUGAAGAUUGCGGGAAAGGGUACGGCGUGGAGUCCGCCUACAACAACCACCGAGUCUGGCACAGCCCGACCAACGGUCCGCACUCCUGUGAGAUCUGCGCUAUGCACUUUAGGGCGCGCAACAAGCUCCGCCAGCACCAGGCCCGGCACCGACUGAAGUUCAUUUGCAAUGAGUGCGAAUUCGUCUCCAGAACCAGGCCUCAAGCGACCAACCACCACGCCACGCAUACGGGCAAGACCUACGAGUGCCAGCACUGCGGGAAGAGCUUCAUAAAGAGCACGACGUACUUCUCCCACGUGCGCCUGAUGCACCCCGAGCUGAACGUGGACUGCGUCGACUGCGGCGAAACGUUCGUCAGCGAAAACGGACUUUGGCAGCAUAAGAGGAAGAUACACGACUUGAUAUCGAAACAGUUCACAUGCACUAUCUGCCUAGUCAAAUUCAAUAAUGAAGAAGCGCUGAAGAAACAUAACGAGCUGGCCGGCGAGCACAGAGAGAGAGCCCUGUUGCCGUGCGAGCAGUGCGGCGAGAGCUGUGCGAGCGAGGAGGCGCUAAAGGACCAUGUGGGGUUGGUACACCCCACCGAGUCACAUCACUGUGAAGUGUGCGACCUGGCGUUCGCAAAUGCGGCCGCGUUGGACACGCACCACCGCCGCAAGCACCUCGGGCAGCGCUACGCGCAGCCCCCGGGCUUCUACCGAAGAAGGGUUUACAAGCAAGCGAGCAAGCAGUACAAGCCGAGCAUGUGCGAGCAGUGCGGCGUUAUUGUUCGGUACCCGUCGAUGCUCCUGUACCACAAGCGCACGCACCUCGCCGUGAAGCCGUUCGCCUGCCCACAUUGCCCGAAGACAUUCGUCAUGCCAUAUUUGCUUAAAUGGCACAUGCGUUCGCACACGGGCGAGAAGCCGCACCAGUGCCCCGAGUGCCCGCUCGCGUUCGCCGUGAAAGGGAACUUCAACCGACAUUACGACACUGCACAUCGUGGUAUACGCGGCUUCUUCCCGUGCCCGGUGUGCGGGCGCGCGUCCACCACCCGCGGCUCGUUGCGGCUGCACCUGCGCGCCGUGCACGGCGACGGCGGCUGGCCCAAGCGCGACCGCAGCAAACGAAAGACCAAGAUAAUAAAUGAAUAAAAUACUUGUGAAAGAAUAUUAGUCGUAUAAUUUUGUUAAUUUAUUAUUUAUUUAAUUUAUUGGUAUUCAGGAUAACAACAGCCGUAGAUAUAACUAAACAUAUAAAUGCUUACAUAAAAGAAGGCCAAUGACAGUCAUCCAUUAAAUUGCAAUACGUAACAAAGUAAAAUAACAAAAAAUUUAAAAACGACGAAAAUGUACAAUAUACACACAAAUGC